AUGGAGAGAUAUCCCGUGCUGCUCGAGGGCAGCGACGACGGCGUCCCUGAAGCUUGCAAAGCUUGGCAGACUCCCAAGUGCGCUCCGGUCGUUGCCAUGGGCUCGCAGCCAUCUUGCUGCGCUGGUCAGGAAGACGUGCAGGUGGAAAAUGUAACGUCUCUGCAACAUCAAGUGUCUGAGGGGGGAAGUGAAGAAGGAAAGGAUGCCGACGGUGGCAUUCAGUUGAGCAACAUGUCCAUCGACUUCCGUCACAUGACCACCACAUCUGCGUUGACGAUAGAGGCGGACCUGUUGAGGGGCAUAUCGCUCGCCAAGACAUUGCGGAACUUGGGGAGGCUUUGGCGCACCUCUCCUGCAGAUCUGAAGGAGUCGGAUCGUGCUUCACUGUGGCAGAAGUCUGGGCGAGUCGAGAGGCUGGACAUCUUCAUUUCCCAUACUUGGCGGACUUCGGGUAGAGUGAAGUCGCUUGCUCUUCUCCUGCACAGCGGUUGGCCCGUGAUACUGCUAGUCUAUCUUCUUGCAGCUGCGGCAGCAGUGUUGUUUUCUGUGCUUGAAGUCUUGCCACUGCCCUUUCACCGCCCAGAGCAUUUCCUGGCGGCUGAGUAUCAGGUCGCUCGUGGGGUUUGGGUCACUCUCUUCACUGUUGUGGCCAUGCCGAUUGGCCUUGCCAUCUCUCCUUAUCUGCGUUUGAGGGCUGAUCCGUGUUGCUUCCUGGAUGUGGCUUGCAUUCAUCAAGCAGAUCUCGAGCUACAGAGGAAGGGGGUCUACGGCCUCGGGGGAUUUUUGGCGGCUUCCCGAGAGAUGCACAUUCUAUGGAGUCCUCCAUACUUAGAUCGCCUGUGGUGUGUCUUCGAAAUUGCCGCCUUUCGAAAAGCAAACCCAGAGGGCAAAGUUGUGGUUCGGCCGCUCUUUGUGGAAAUUCAAGCCUUGUGGUGGCUACUAGGUUACCAUAUAGCGGGGUGCAUCACAGCCGUCUGGCUGAAUGUGGACUUGCCGUGGGGUGGAAUCUCCUAUUUGGUAGCCAGUUCUCCCUUCAUAUUCAUAUGCCACCGGAACCGCAAGCACAUGCGGGAGAAGCGCGAGCUGUUCCAGCACCUGCAGCAUUUCCGUUUGGAGGAUGCCAAGUGUCGCAUGGCGUCUGACAGGGAGUUUAUCCUUGCCUCAAUCAAGCAAUGGUAUGGGAGUGAGGAAGCAUUCGUUGAGUAUGUCAGAGGGCCACUUCAGCAAGAGCUUCUUGAGUCCGGGGCAGACAUUCCUUUGUCCUAUUGCCUACUCAUGGUUUUAGCUUUCGUCAGCUUAUCGCUUGACACCAAGACGGGGGUGAUCAUAGCACGCGUGCCGCUGUCGCCACAGCUGCCACAUUUGAUGGCUCAUGACAUUGGCUAUAUAUGUCUCUGGUUUAUGCUCGGGUUGAAAAUAUCCUGGAGAUUGACAGAGCGCUUCGCUGCUGCAACGUCCAACCGCCUAUUGGACUUUGCCGUGUCUUUUCUUUUGUAUCUCAUGGGCUUUCUGGGCUGGUCAUGGGUGGGUGGAGAGCUGAUGCUUGUGGCUUUGACAAGUCUUUGGUUAUCGAUUGCGUGGAUUCUAGCUAUGAUUGCGAUCUUGACGGCGAUUCACUUCCGCUUGUUCACCAGAGCUCCUCCACAGCAGUUGCCACAACAGCCGUCGCUUCCGCAGCAGUUGCCUCCGGUGCCUCCGCAGCAAGCUGAGGAUGGGAGAACGUGA